GCUUUGGAAGCUGGAGCAGGGCAGGGUGCUGGCCCCAGGGAGGGGUCCGCUGGGAAGGCUGGGGCUGGUGGAGAGGGCACACGCACCCCGAAUGUGGCGCUUCCUCACAGGCCUCUCUCCCAGCAGGGCCGGCUCCCGGGCCUCAGGGUCAAGUACGUCUUCUUGGUCUGGCUGGGCGUCUCUGUGGGCAGCUGGAUGGUGUACGUGCACUACUCGUCCCACGCGGAGCUCUGCCGUGGGCACGUCUGCCAGGUGGUUAUCUGUGACCAGUACCGCAAGGGCAUCAUCUCCGGCUCCAUCUGCCAGGACCUGUGCAACCUGCACAAGGUAGAGUGGAGGACGUGCCUGUCCUCUGUUCCAGGCCAGCAGGUGUACAGUGGGCUGUGGCAGGGCAAGGAGGUGACCAUUAAGUGUGGCAUCGAGGAGGGCCUGGACCCCAAGGCCAGGUCGGACCCGGCCCCCCGGCAGGAGCUGGUGCUGUUCGACAAGCCCACUCGGGGCACCUCAAUUAAGGAGUUCCGAGAGAUGACCCUCAGCUUUCUCAAGGCGAACCUGGGAGACCUGCCCUCCCUGCCUGCGCUGGUUGGGCAGGUCCUGCUCAUGGCCGACUUCAACAAGGACAGCAGGGUGUCCCUGGCCGAGGCCAAGUCGGUGUGGGCCCUGCUCCAACGGAACGAGUUCCUGCUGCUGCUGUCCCUCCAGGAGGAGCACGCGUCCCGGCUGCUGGGCUCCUGUGGGGACCUCUAUGUCACUGAGGGGGUCCCACACGGUUCCUGGCACGGGGCCGCUCUCCCGCCCCUCCUGCGCCCACUGCUGCCCCCCGCCCUGCACACAGCCCUGCAGCGGUGGCUGGGGCCCGCGUGGCCCUGGAGGGCCAAGAUCGCCAUCGGCCUGCUGGAGUUUGUGGAGGAGCUCUUCCACGGCGCCUACGGGACCUUCUACAUGUGCGAGACCACGCUGGCCAACGUGGGCUACACCGCCAAGUAUGACUUCAAGAUGGCCGACCUGCAGCAGGUGGCGCCCGAGGCCACGGUGCGCCGCUUCCUGCAGGGCCGCCACUGCGAGCGCAGCUCGGACUGCACCUACGGCCGGGACUGCAGGGCCCCCUGUGACAAGCUCAUGAGGCAGUGCAAGGGCGACCUCAUCCAGCCCAACCUGGCCAAGGUGUGCGAGCUGCUACGGGACUACCUGCUGCCCGGCGCCCCCGCCGACCUGCGCGAGGAGCUGGGCAAGCAGCUGCGCACCUGCACGACGCUGAGCGGGCUGGCCAGCCAGGUGGAGGCCCACCACUCGCUGGUGCUGAGCCACCUCAAGACCCUGCUCUGGAAGAAGAUCUCCAACACCAAGUACUCGUGAUGGCUGGCUCCCAGCCCCCCACCCUGUCCCCACUCCCAGGGGGCUGCCUGGGGCCCCAGAGAGCCACUCCCGCCCUUGGGUCUCCCUCCCUCUUCACCCUACCACCCCGCAAAGGACAGGACCACAGGAGCUGGAGGCCUGGCCUGCAUCCACCCGCAACAAGCCAGGGAAGGGGUCCUUCCCUCUGCCCCAGAUGCCAACAACCCAGACAGGGGAGCCGCAUAGCUGGAAGGGGGGGGGCAGGAAGGAGCACCUGGAGCCUGACCACAAGGGCUGGCUGAAGGACUCACCCAGGACUUUGUUACUUUGAAGAACGUG